CUCAUCUCCCCCAUCCAAGCUCACUGCCCCCAACCCCCCACCCCCACCCAGCCAUGGCGGACCGCGGCGGCGAGCGUGGUGUCGGCGAGCGCGGCGGCGACCGCGGCGGCUUCGGGCGCGGCUUCGGCCGCGGCGGGCGCGGGGACCGUGGCGGGCGCCGCGGCGGCCGCCGUGGCCCCCGCCAGGAGGAGGAGAAGUGGGUGCCCGUCACCAAGCUCGGCCGCCUCGUCAAGGAGGGCCGCUUCACCAAGAUGGAGGAGAUCUACCUCCACUCGCUCCCCGUCAAGGAGCACCAGAUCGUGGAGACGCUCUGCCCGGGGCUCAAGGACGAGGUGAUGAAGAUCACCCCGGUCCAGAAGCAGACCCGCGCCGGACAGCGCACCCGCUUCAAGGCCUUCGUCGUCGUCGGCGACAGCAACGGCCACGUCGGCCUCGGCGUCAAGUGCGCCAAGGAGGUGGCCACGGCCAUCCGCGGCGCCAUCAUCCUCGCCAAGCUCUCAAUCGUGCCCGUCAGGCGGGGCUACUGGGGGAACAAGAUCGGCCAGCCCCACACCGUGCCCUGCAAGGUCACCGGCAAGUGCGGCUCCGUCACCGUGCGCAUGGUGCCCGCCCCCAGGGGUUCUGGAAUCGUCGCCGCCCGCGUCCCCAAGAAGGUGCUGCAGUUCGCCGGGAUCGAUGAUGUCUUCACUUCCUCGCGUGGAUCCACCAAGACCCUUGGCAACUUCGUCAAGGCAACCUUCGACUGCCUGAUGAAGACCUAUGGAUUCCUCACCCCUGACUUCUGGAGGGAGACAACCUUCACCAAGGCGCCGUACCAGGAGUUCACCGACAUCUUGGCGAAGCCGACCAAGGCCCUGAUGCUUGAUGCACCAGCCGAGAAGAUAGAAGCUUAGGAUGUUUGCCAUGAAAGGGUUUUUACUAGCUGGGAGCUGUCUGUUGCACUUUGCUUUAUUAUAGUCGAGAACAAGGUGUCUUUGAAUUGUGCUACUUGUGGAAGUCUCUGUUUGCUGUCAAAGUUUUGGAUUAUGGUGCAAUGCUACUCUCUGUUAUCGGCAAAGGAUGCUACAUAAUUAUGCCAAUCCAGUGUUAUUUGUCUA